AUGCACCAGUAUGCCAGGUAUUUCGAACGGUACCGACAACUCGCUCAAACUAGGCCUUUGAACGAGCUGCUUCCUCCUGAAACUCUAGCUCAAUUCCGAGCUGAAAUAGAAAAUGCGGCGGGUAAUGUACCUCCUGGUUCGAGGAGUGAGGCUGAAAUCGAAAGAGACAUUCGACUAAGAGCCGAUGGUCAUUUCCUCGAAAUAUUUUCACGCACUCAGACGGAAACGACAAAACGAUGGACUUACGAGUCAGAAAUCAAACGGCCUUACUUCCAUGUUACUGAACUAGAUGAAGGUCAGUUAUCCAACUGGAGAAGGUACUUAGAUUUUGAGGAGGCAGAGGGUUCUUUCGCCCGCGCCCAGUUUCUGUACGAGAGAUGUCUUGUGACAUGUGCGCACUACGAUGAAUUCUGGAUGCGUUACGCAGCAUGGAUGUCUGGCCAAGAAGGAAAGGAAGAAGAAGUUAGAAUCAUCUAUCAAAAGGCCAGUUCCCUAUACGUCCCCAUAUCUCGCCCAGCUAUCCGACUCCACUAUGCCUACUUUGAAGAAAUGGCUUCAAGAGUCGAUAUUGCUAAGGAUAUUCACAAUGCUGUCCUCCUUGCUAUGCCUGGACACAUUGAAACCAUAAUAUCAUUUGCGAACUUGUCACGUCGCCAUGGUGGCUUAGAUGCAGCCAUCGAGAUUUACAAAACCCAACUAGAUUCAGCAGAGUGUGAUAUUCAGACAAAAGCAGCACUUGUGGCUGAAUGGGCCAAGCUCCUUUGGAGGGUCAAAGGUACCGCUGAUGAAGCUCGACAGGUGUUCCGCAAGAAUCAACACUGGUAUCCUGAUAGCCGUCCUUUCUGGACAAGCUAUCUUAUGUUUGAGCUAGAACAGCCAACCAGCGCCGAUACUGAGCCCGCACAAUACGAACGCAUCAAGCAGGUUAUCGAUGAUAUUCGCAACAAAAGUUCAUUGCCUGCCGAGGCAGCUAAGGAGCUUCUUCAGCUUUAUAUGACUUACUUGCUGGAGCGAGGGUCCAGUGAAGCUGCCAAAGAGUACAUCACCCUUAACCGUGAAGUGAAUGGUCCGCCGUCAGUCCAAUCAAUUAUGAAGUCAUCACUUUCAAAGGAGACACAGGACAAGCUUGUGAUUGGCCAACAAAGUCCUAAUUCUAUGUUCAGACCUGAUGUUUCUGUCCCAACUCCAACUGUCUAA